AUGGUAGAAUAUCACAGAUGGAUGGAGGAGCAAGAUGACAAUGUGCCAAUUUCGAAACUUUCAAUACCUGGAACGCACAAUAGCGCUGCGUGUUACAUCGCGUUGCCAUCCGUUAAAUGUCAGGACCACAGCGUGAAAACUCAAUUGCAAAAUGGAGUACGCUUUUUUGAUUUUAGACUAGGAAAGCUGUUUUUCCAUGACAACGAGCAAGGUGGCUAUCAGGGCAAAGAUUUACAAGUCGUUCAUGGUAAAUUCCCAGUGCGUAUUCCAGCACCUUUGAAGUUUGCAUCUGUACUAGGAGACAUUUACGCCUUCUUGAACGCGAACCCUACGGAGUCCUGUAUCGUGUCAAUUAAACAUGAGGGUGAGCCUUUAGACAACUUUGACAAAUACGUAUGGGAGCAUUACAUUGAGAAUAAUCAAGAUCGGUGGUAUUUGAAGGGGAAUAUCCCAAACUUGGGGGAGGUCAGAAGCAAAAUUGUACUUUUCCGUCGCUUUGGAGUUUCUCAAGACAUCCAAGAUCGUGAUUUCGGUAUCGCAGCUUCAUGGUGGUCCUACUGUACUCCAAAUGAAGACCGUGGCACCUUUCAAGUUCAGGAUUUUUGUGAGCUGAAACAUGCCGAGAAUAUUUCUGAAAAAACCACAUACGUCAAACAAUUUUUGCGCACGGCUAUUGAGCACAGUAGCAGUUCAGGGGUGGAUCCUAAGCUUUUUGUCAACUUCUGUUCCGGAUCAAAUCUCUACGAUACAGACUGUUGGCCGGAAAAGGUUGCGGACGAAAUGUUCAGGAGCGACUUGACGUCCCACGUAGGGAACGGGUGUGGCAUAGUAAUUCUCGAUUACGCUGGCAAAGAUGGCUACAAUUUGGUGAAAAAUAUUGUGAAUACGAAUUUUCACUAA